AUGCAGACUCCAGAGGAUGAGCAGCAGACCCCACCCACACUCCAGGAGCUGGCAGGGCGCAGCCUCCUGAAGGACAAGUCCAGGGCCAUCCUAGCUCUGGAGGACCUGCCCAUACAGCUCUUCCCACCACUCUUCAUGGAGGCCUUCAACCGGAGACACACUGAGGUCCUGAAGAAAAUGGUGCAGGCCUGGCCCUUCACCCGCCUGCCCCUGGGGGCCCUGAUGAAUACGCUACAGCUGGGGAUGAUCCGAGUGGCACUGGAUGGGCUGGACAUGCUGGCUGCCCAGCAGGAUCGCCCCAGGAGGUGGAAACUGCAGGUGCUGGAUUUGCGGAAGGUUCAUGGGAACUUCUGGAGGACAUGGUCUGGAGCCGUGGUCGAUGCCUGCUCACCAGGAGUCAUGAAGGAGAGGCAAACAGUGAAGGCCUCUCCAGACACAGGGCCCACUCUGCCCUUGAAGGUGUUAGCAAACCUGCGCUUACAGCAAAGACCCCUGAAUGCAUUCCUCUCCUUCCUCUUUCACAGGGUGGAUGAGAGGAAGGGUCUGAUACAGCUGUGCUGCAAGAAGCUACAGAUGUGCUCUUUGCCCAUCUGUACCAUCGAGAAGAUCUUGGAGAGAUUGGAUCUGGACUUUAUCCAGCAGUUGGAUGUGCAGUGUUUCUGGAGACUGUCCACCUUGGCUACUUUUGCCACCUAUUGGGGCCAGAUGAGCAACCUGAGGAAGCUCUUCUUCUCCCACGUCUAUGUGUCUGCCUAUGCUUCCCAGGAGGAGAGAGAUCAGUUGAUGGAUGACAUUACCUCACAGUUUGCCAAGAUGGACAGCCUCUGGAGGCUGUACCUGGAUGGUGUCUUCUUCCUAGAAGGCCGUCUGUGCCAGGUGCUCAGCUGUGGCUUUCUGCUUGGCAGCCAGGAGGGGCGCUUUAUAGAUGAUGGACCCACCCGGUCACUCAAGCUCCUGAAGACCCCCCUGGAGACCCUCUCAAUAACCAACUGCCUGCUCUCAGAUCCAGACUGGAAUGAUCUGUCGGGGUCUCCAAACCUCGACCAGCUAAUACACCUGACGCUGUGGGGCAGCAAAUUGACGAGUUUCAGUCCUGAGCCCCUCGUCAUUCUGCUAGAGAAUGCUGCAGCCACCCUUGAGACCCUAAACUUGCAGGACUGUGGGAUCACCAACUCCCAGCUCCAGGCCAUCCUCCCUGUCCUGAGCUGCUGCUCCCAGCUCAGGGUAUUGAGCUUCAAUGGGAAUGACAUCUCCAUGUCAUUCCUGAGCAACCUGCUGCUUCACACUUCCAGGCUGACCCGGUUGAGCCUAGAGAAGUACCCUGCCCCUCUGGAGAGCUAUGAUGCUCAGGGUGCCAUCCACCCAGGGAGACUUUUCCAACUCAUCGAUGAGCUGAUGGAGAAACUGAGGGAUGUGAGAGAGCCAAAGAGCAUCCUUUUCUAUACUAAACCCUGCCAUAGAUGUGGCAACUGGUUUAUCUAUAACCUGCCCUCCAGUCCGUGUCGCUGUUGGCUGCCUGCCUAG